UACAAUAUAUAAAUAUAUAAAAAGCUGUCAUGCUGUUUAUAAAAUAUCGGGCAUUAUUUAUUUUUCUUAAUUAAAAUAGGGAGUCUUUUCUCCUUCGCAGAAAUAAAAAGAAAACAGCAAAACAUUUUUUACAAGAGAUCAAUACCACGAAGUGGUUCAACUGCUAUCUUGAAAUUUACCUUCCCCCGAUUUUAAUAAACUUGAUGGAGCUUAAUACGGGCGACAGAUAUCCGGAGGACGAUGUUCUCGGGCCCGCAAACACCACUGUUGUCUUUAAAGAAUCCAAUAAGAAUUUGCUGGCCACCGUAAGCGAUGAAGCUCUUAACACGUUAAAUGAACUGCGCGAGGCGAAUCUCCUGUGCGAUGCCCAGAUUUUGGUGGGGGAUCAGAUAUUUAAUGUACACCGCGCAAUAAUGUGUUCAUGCAGCUCUUACUUUCGGGCUCAGUUUACUGGGUUUAGUGCUGACAUUAGCGGAUGCGCUGGGUCUAGUUCAGUUGAGCAGAAAUGCGUUAUCCACAUCCCUGGCAUAAACGCAUGCAUAAUGAAUUGUGUGAUUCAAUACGCCUACCUGCGUCAAACCAACAUAUCCGAGAACAAUGUGCACGAACUUCUUAUCUGCGCGGACUACGUUGGAAUGGUUGGUUUAGUCAAGCAGUGCACUGACUACCUUAGCCGUUCCCUUACUCCCGAGAACUGUGUCAGUAUAAUGGGAUAUGCAAGAUUCCGAUUCCUUAAGGACCUUUACCUAAAGGCUCGCAAUUUCACGCUAAGGUUCUUUACGGAAGUGGCAAACUGCAAUACUGACAUUCUUGAUAUGAACGUAAAGGACUUUUACAGUAUAAUAAGCGACGAUGAGCUAAACACCCGGGAAGAAGACCAUGUGUGGAAACUGUGCGUAAAAUGGAUCGACUGGAAGCCGGAAGACCGCAAACAGCACGUUGUGCAUCUUAUGACUGGCGUUCGACUGGGACUGAUGACUCCAAAGGGUUAAAGUCACAUGCCUAUCAAAAUGGUGAAUUACAUCCUCUCCGAAAUAUACUCAAAACAUACUGGCCAACAUACCCCAGGAAAGUUCCAGACCUAACAGACUUUGCGGUGACAAAAACAUUCCCCGCAAUUUAAUAAGCGCCAAAGCGCUUUCGGACCUGUCGUCAGACCAUUCGCAAGUGCAAAUAGCUCUGCUUCAAAGCUAACUGGUUAAAAUACAAAAACCAAACCCCGCCACUUGUUCAGUUGUCCUACCACAAAUCGAAU